GAACAUAACCAACAACUCAAUUACACCAUAUUUUGUAUCCUAUCCUGCGACGUCGCGACGAAGGGAUAGAAGAACGAAGAUCGAGAAAAGAUAGCAACGUUUGAGGAAAGGGAAAUCAGCAAUUAUGCCUCAGGAUAUGCCGCCCAAGGGCGGGUAUGAAGCCGUGCAGUAUAAGAGAAAUCUUCCAGCACGCGGUUUCAGACCCUCGGUUAUGCUUUUAGCUAUGGCUGGAGUUAUGACAUAUGGAUUCUGGAAAGUGGGAAAGGGAAUUCGGGAACAGAAUGAACUUGCCCGUGAAAAAAUGUGGUCUAGAAUCCAUUUAAUUCCACUUUUGACAGCGGAAACCGAUCGUGACCUUGUCAGAAGACAUUGGGCGGACUUGAAGAGAGAAAAGGAAUUGUUGGGUAGUGAGACUAGUCCAUAUAACAGUGAUAGAUACGUCAGACCUACAUAUGCAGUCACUCCCAUUCAAGUCACCAAGGAUUAAACUGGUGCAAGGGACGUUAGGGAUGUUGAGAUCUUGGGGUAGGGGAAUUUUCGUGAGUGCGGUAGGCUGGGAUGGACUGAGCUGAGCUAUCGCUUCAUUUUCUGUUCAGUCUUGAGUCUACGGUCAAGGGUAAGGGAAUUGGAUGCAUUGAGAUAAUGCGAAUGGGGAAUGUAGAUAGGUGAUUGAUGGAAAUGAAAAUAGUGGAUGGAAGAAGUGGCAGAGAAGAGUAAAAUGAAAAUGACAUAAAACUAAACAUGCA